GAGAGAGGAAGAGAGAGAGAGAGAGAGAAAAUCGAUUAUUUCUCCUCGCACUGGGAGAGGAGGAGAGGGGUGAGGGAAAGACUCGCUCAGGGUUGUGGGAAGGAGCAGAAACAGACUCUUUAGCGGCACCAGCAGCUCUAUCAGCGCGUCCGUCUGUGCGCACCGGAGAGACGCGUGCUCAGCGAGGAGACACUGUCCGACAGAACGAGAGAGAGAGAGAGAGAGAGAGAGACCAGAGACUCCCAACACGCACUGUACGUUACUUUUUAUCUCCCUCCUUCCCGGCCACGUCUUCCGUUAAGUUUGCGCUCCUGGAUUUUAAGUGCGUUUUGGCGAAAGUCGGUCCAGCGUCAUCCAGCGGCUUCACCCUUCCUGUCAUCCGACCGGACCAAACACCCGGCGGACUCCUUCCUUCUUCUUUGUUUUUGUUUUUUUUUUUUUCGCCUUGUAGCGCUCUUCUUAGCACCCGGACAACAUUUCCAAUAAAGUACAGAUGCUGGAAUCUUGGAGUUGAUUGGAGCAAACAGAAAGCGAGGGGGAAAAAAAGGCAGAUAAAGGAAAAGCAGAAGAGUGAAGAAGAGAAAGAAGAAGAAAAAGAAGAGAGAAGAACGCAUAAAGUUCUGUAGAAAGAGGAGAGCAAGAACGAGGUGGGGACGAUGGGGAGGAAAAAGAUUCAGAUCACGCGGAUUAUGGAUGAACGCAACAGACAGGUGACAUUUACAAAGCGAAAGUUUGGCUUGAUGAAGAAGGCGUACGAGCUGAGUGUGCUGUGUGACUGUGAGAUUGCCCUGAUCAUCUUCAAUAGCACCAACAAGCUAUUCCAGUAUGCCAGCACAGACAUGGACAAGGUCCUGCUUAAAUACACCGAGUACAACGAGCCCCACGAGAGCAGGACCAACUCCGACAUUGUGGAGACGUUGAGAAAGAAGGGCCUAAACGGCUGUGACAGCCCUGACCCCGACGCAGACGACUCGGUCGGCCACAGCCCCGAGUCCGAGGACAAGUACAGGAAAAUAAAUGAGGACAUUGAUCUGAUGAUCAGCAGACAGAGACUGUGUGCAUUGAGCAAGAAGGAGAACAAAGGCGGCGAGAGCCCGGAGCUCGAGUCUGCUCUCAUCCUUACCCCACGCACUGAGGAGAAAUACAAACAGAUUAACGAGGAGUUUGAUCACAUGAUUAAAACUCAUAAGAUACCUCAGGCCGUUCCCCCAUCUAACUAUGACAUGCCCGUGUCCAUUCCCGUUAGCAACCAGAACAAUCUCAUCUACAGCCAUCCCGGAGGUUCCCUAGGCAACCACAACCUGUUGCCCCUGGCGCAUCAUGGCAUACAGAGAAACAGCAUGUCUCCUGGAGUGACACACAGACCUCCCAGUGCAGGUAACACAGGUGGCCUCAUGGGUGCCGACCUCACCACUGGCGCAGGCACCAGUGCUGGAAAUGGGUACGGAAACCAUCGCAACUCGCCCGGCCUGCUGGUCUCUCCAGGUGGCAUGAACAAAAACAUGCAGGCUAAGUCUCCUCCGCCAAUGAACCUGGGCAUGAACAACCGCAAACCUGACCUCCGUGUGCUCAUCCCACCUGGCGCUAAGAACAACAUGCCCUCCAUUAACCAGAGAAUAAACAACUCUCAGUCAGCUCAGUCAUUGGCCACCCCAGUGGUGUCAGUAGCUACUCCCACUCUCCCAGGACAAGGCAUGGGUGGUUACCCAUCUGCCAUCUCUACAUCCUAUGGUACCGAGUACUCCCUGAAUAGUGCAGAGCUGUCCUCCAUGUCUGGCUUCAACAGUGGCAGCUCACUUCACCUUGGCUCAAUGAGUGGCUGGCAACAGCAGCACCUGCAGAACAUGCAGCAUUCAGCCCUCAGCCAGCUCGGAAAUUGCUCUAGCUCUCACUUAUGUCAGGGUUCAAAUCUCUCCCUGCCCUCUGCUCAAAGCCUGCACAUCAAGUCCGAACCUGUUUCUCCUCCUAGAGAUCGCACCAGCAGCACACCGGGGGGCUACGGUGGCGGGGUACCACAUCCCCAGAAUCCCUCGUCCCGCCAGGACUCGGGACGCUCUCCUGUUGAUAGCCUGAGCAGUUGUAGCAGCUCCCACGAGGGCAGCGACCGCGAUGAGCACAGGAACGAGUUCCACUCACCUCUGGGACUGGCCCGGCCCGCUCUGGAUGAGCGCGAGAGCCCUUCAAUCAAACGGGUGCGCCUGACAGAAGGAUGGGCGACAUGAUGCCUCCGUCGUCACGCCCCACGGUGCCCCGUGUUGCCCUGAGUUGCCCCUUGAGCCCACAACACGCAGCGCAGUGAUCCCCCCUCCACGAGUCACCGCCCUUCUCUCCUUCCUUUCACUUGAUGUCAUGAGUCACUCAGCACCCAGCCCCUGGGCCUCCCUCAUUUUAUCUAUUUAACGCUGAAGGAAAGAAAAGGGACCCUUUAAAAAAAAAAGAAAAAAAAAAUGUAAUUGUAUUUUUUCCUUUAUUUUUCUUUUCUUUUUGCUAAGUGUGUGUGUGCUAUACAUAUUGACUUUAUAUAAACUAAUAGGUGUGUUGUAACGGGUUUGGGGGGAGGGGAGGGGGGGGGCGCUGGUUCCAGGUUCCAGUUUUUUUUUAUUUUUAUGGGGAACUAUGCAUAAAUUGUAUUGUGUGUGGUUAAAAAGAAUCACGUAUGCAUAUAUCUUUACACCUUUGUGUGAGUAUAUGCAUAUCAACAAAUAAACAACAACAACAAAAAAAAGUCAGGUACUUUGUUUCAUAAAAAUUUGCCUCAGCGAUAUGUCGGGGACGAGAAAGGGAGAGAGAGAGAGAAAGAGGGAAAACAAAAAGAGCGAGUGUGUCCGGUCGACCUUUAGCACUUGAGUUUGGACAAAUAACACAUGUACAGUUUCAUUGCUAUUUACCUUCUCUGCAGUUCUCCCUUGCAAAAAUAUGUGUUAACAUUAGAUGAUGUCAUGUUGCAGGUUCAACGUAUUUAUGUAAAUAAAUGAGGGUCAGGAGGGAUGGGGGUGGGCGGGGGGGUAGAAAGUUGUCGAGAUUUAUUUGCUCUCAAAACGAAAAGCUAAUAUGCAACAUUUGAAGGAUUGUACAGGUAAAGAGGCGGACCCGAUGCUAGACGCGUGGAACCUUUGAUGAUUUAAGCGCUCCCCUUAAAGAACGGAGCCGCGCGAGGACCACCCUUUGAUCUAAGAGCUACGCUAGUGUAAUCAAGUAAACUCUGGAUCUAGUAUUAGCUAUUCAGUAUUAAUGAACAGAAAAUUAAAAAGAAACAAAAAAUUGUACGAUACACUUGCUUAUAUUUUCAUAUGAAAGGAAAUACAAUGCAAAGCAUUUUGUGGCUUUUUGUAGUUUCUAUAAGCCAGAAUGUGUUUUUUGAUAGCUUUGCUAAUAAGAGGAUAGUUCAUCCAGAGGAGAAAUGACGGGCCUUUGAAACCCAAAGCCAUGAAAAAAAGAAAAAAAAAAAAACAGACUGAGAUCCAAUUGCUUUGCUGAACUGUUUUAUCUUUGUAGAGGUUUGUUUUUAAACGUGUAUUUCUAAUUAUAUAUAAUAAUGGUGAUAUUAAGAAUCUUUAAAA